CCAACGGGACUCCACCCAACAAUCAGAAGAGAUGCAACUGGCAACUUUACGAAAGCAGCCUAAAAAUCAGUCUUCUCUCUUGCUCAAACAAGUAACAAUCUCCAGCUUAUUUUAUUCCUGGCCACUUUCGACUAAGCUGAAGUAGGCGGAUACCGGGCGUUGAGAACGGUGGCUGUACUUAUCUCCCCUGGCUCGACAGUGGGCUGCAGCAGACUCCAGGUGGUCAAUUAACGAGCUUCAGCAUAGUAAUCUUGUUCUUAAAAUGGUACUAAAUGGAAUUCUUUGUCGUUCAUUUUCUCAUUCCUGAUAACAGACAGAAAAGUAGCAGAAAGUUUUGAUCUUAAUGGAAUCAAGGGCAAUACUUGCCACUGGUUUUGGACCGAGGAAGUGUGCAAAGACAGGGCAGCCCCUCAAGGAUCAGAUUAGUCAGCUUCCAGAUGGAAUCCUUGUUUAUAUUCUGUCUUGUCUAAUGCUAAAAGAAGCUGCCAGAACAAGUGUUCUUUCAAAGCGUUGGAUAGAUCCAUGGAGGUCCAUGGCUUGCCUUGAUUUUGAUGCAUUAAAAGUGCUAAAGAAGAUGUUCUCAAUACCCAGCUGGGGAAGGUAUGUGGCCUUUGUUAGAAAGGAAAGGCGAAGUAGGUUGAAUGGGUUGACAAGGUGCUGCUUCAAUCAGACAAGUCCUUGGCAUUAGGUUAUUUGAGAGUUGCUUUUUAUUUGGACAAAUUUUAUGGAGAUAAGAUUCAUAAAUGGCCUCAGCAUGCAUUUGCAAGGAAAGUGCAAAGGCUGGAAUUGAACCUGUUUCCAGAUGAUGGCCCGCCUUCUUCUCGAGAAUCAUAUACUUUCCAUUAUGAACUUUUUCGCCUUAGCAGUGGUAAAUCUCAACCUGGUUACUCUGAAAUCCGUCAUCAUUCACAGAUUGGCUUCAAGUCCCUUAGAGCAUUGAGUUUGAAAAGUCUGAAUGUAACUGGGGAGGUACUGGAAUUCUUCUUGAUCAAUUGUCCAUUUCUUGAGCGCCUGGUAGUGGAGGCCUCUUCAGUUUUGAUCAACCUUCGAGUUUGUGGUCCAUCUAUUGCCUUGAAAUAUCUGGAGGUAUGCUACUGUUUGAGGUUGCAAUCCAUUAUUGUCAACGACACAAAUUUAGUCUCCCUUACAACUACAGCAGCACACCAUCUUGUACUUCAGAAUGUCCCCAUGCUUGUGAAUGUAUGGGUUUCUGGGGAUUCCCUUAACUUGGUCAGGGAUGUUACUUCUUGGCUUUCUUGCUGCUUGUCAAAACUAGAGGUUCUUACUUUACGUGCCGACGAGUUUCAAGUUUCACAGGAAAAAGGAAUUGUUCAUGAGCUUCCUCAACUUACCAAUCUGAAGGAGUUCGUCUUAAUAGCUUUUGCAUCAAAAGAUGACAGUUUGAUUGGAUUUACUUCUUUGAUCAGGGCUUCCCCCAACUUGGAGAAGUUUGUGCUGAAGUUGGAAUCAUGGUGGAAUGAUAUGGUCAGGGGAGAUAGAAAGUUGAAGAAAGCUGCCAGCUUUCCGCUCCAACAUCUGAAAGUGGUUGAGUUACUUGGAUACUAUGGUCGCAGAAGUGAACUUGAACUUGUUGAAUACUUCCUCGAGAACGCUAUUGUCCUCGAGAAACUUAUAAUUGACCCUCGUGAUCCGCAUAAUGUCACUUGGCCCAAAACGCGCAAGGAAAGAAAGCAGGAAAUGAAGGAGGAAAAGUUAGCUAGAAAUUGUGCCAAGCAACAGCUCGAGGGAUUAAUACCUUCACAUAUUGAAUUUUCGAUUCUAUAGCUGCAAACAGCAAAUGCAGCUAAAUUUAGGUUUAUGUACAAGAAGUUAUACUUUUGGGAUGUGGAAAAAGCCUACUUAUUAUAUA